UAGUACAAAUAUAGUCUCGUGUUACUUGCUUUUUGAAAAUCACCCCCAAAUUGAAAUUUAGGGUUCGUAGCAAUUCAAUCAUGUCUAACUUAGACUGCGUGGAGUCGGUGCCGAUAAAGCUAAACGCUGCUGUUGACGAUGAAAGGAAUGUGCGUGGCCUGUCCGACUACGAAUUACCCUCGCAGACGCCAAAAAGAAUAGUUUUGGUGAAGCGAAAGGCUGAUUUUGACGACAACUCUGUUUCCGACGACGAGGAGGAGAGCGGUGAUGAUUCUGAUUGCGAUGAGGUCUCAGAUAAUGAAGGCAGAAAAGAAGAAAAAAUUGUAUAUGCGGAGGAGGUGGAGGAUGAUGGUUAUGAAGGCAGCGAACAGCAGGAAAAGGACUUUGAGGAUUAUGUGAAAAUUGUGAAGGAGUCUGAAGGUUUUGAAAUCGGAAAAGGUUACAGAGGGUUUAUUAUUGGUGUUAAAGCCUCGGUCAAUCUAAAGGAUCCUGAGGAUAUUUAUACCAAGAACUGCAUUGAGGCUGUUCAUUCUGCAAUCAAGCAACAGAACCAUGAGAAGGGUGCAAAUUUGGAAUUCGUGGAGCUGACUAGCGCAAAUUGGACAUCAUUCGCUCUUUAUUAUGCAACCUUUAAAGCUAGAAACAAGACUACUAAUGAGGUGAACACUUAUCAAACAAAGGUCUUUCGCUGUUUAAUUGAUGGCGAGACUGAAAUUGAUUUGUUCAGGCUUAAACCAAUUCGAGAUGGUACAGCUAUCCAAGCCUAAUUGAAAUCAUCAAGAUGGCAUAGGAUGUUUAUGGAUGCUGGAUUCUCCGAGAGAUUUUUACAGAAUCCGUUUAUUCAAUAUUACGGUCAAAAUCUGUCUCUUGAAGGAUGAUGGAUAUUUCAUUAACUAAUCGGGAGGUAUAUAUCUACUAACAAAUGAUGAUCAAGUUGUAUAGGAGCAUUAGCAAACCAUUUAGGAUUAUAAACUAAACGUUUGUGCUUACCGAUCCAAUCUGCAGGCUGGUUUUUAAUUCUCCUAAUGACAUUGAAAUUUAAAGAGACAGGAUUUUGCCAAAUUUUGCAGAAGAUAUAAUGAUCAGGUUGUAUAUGACAAAUCAAAUUUUUAAGGUAUAAAGAGCAGGUUGUAAUUGACCUAAAUGUGCAUGAAUAUGCUAUUUUUAGGGUAAAUAUACAGAUAUGUCCCAACCUCAA